AUGUACUUCUCUGGGCAAAAUCUUAUUCUUAGAAAAGACCGUGUUCCAAACGCUCCUCAAAACGUCCGUGUAAAGACCCAAUCUACAUCAGCAACACUCUGGUGGGAUGCUCCGCCAGAUCCAACGGUACUCAUUAGAGGAUAUACUGUAGAAUACGGAGAAGGGAGUAUUUCUCAGCGAAUACUCAUUGAAGGACCUGAUAGCACUUCAUUCACGGUUACAAGACUAGCUCCCAACACAAACUACGUUUUUGCUGUUUCUGCCUAUAAUGAAGCAGAAGGAGAGGAUGGAACGAAAGUUAUGGUAGCUGCAAAAACUCGUCCAGCAGAAGGACUUCAAACUGAAAAAUUAUGGCCUCCCACGUCAGUUAGAGCUAGAAUUGAAGAAAAGUCACUUGGUGGAAGUGCCAUUGUUUCAUGGGAUGACCCGAACCCUGAGAACGCAGCUGACAAUUCGAUUGAUGCGACUCAAAGACAAUACGUUAUCAACUAUGGAAUCUACGAGAGUGACACUCAACAAAAAGUUCGAUCAAACGCAAAGGCUGUUCGGUUGACAGGCUUGAUACCUGGAAAAGAGUAUGAGGUUGCAGUGAAAGUAGUUGCUGGAGACGGAAGUGAAAGUCCAUGGAGCAUUCGAGAUCUAUUUUUAGUUCCCGAAAGUAUAAUCUCGAUAUGUCUUCUUCAAAUUCAAACCAACUCUUUUUCAGCAAAGAAAGUAUCGAAAUUCGAUUGGUUCUGUCGUCUGAACGACACUGAAAUGUGCUCAAUCGUCAGUUCUCCUCACUGGAAAUUGUGUACAGCUAAGCAUGAUACAUACACUCAACGAGAUGCAGGAGCAUGUCCACGAGUACAGUAUCCAUCAUCGCCUGCACAUCUAACUACACCUCCUAUCAGCCUUCCGGAUGCUCAACACCUUUGUUUUUAUUUCAGAUUCGCUUUACUGAAUUUCCAUCCAGGCCAAAUGAAAGUUGAAAUCCAUCCGGAUGGAGAUACAUCGAAUCGUCAAAUCGUCUGGAAGACAAGAAUGGCUAAUGUGCGAACUCAUGUUGUUCAGAAUGUGUAUAUUCCAUUUUCUCAGCAAAUUCGACCAUUCAAAGUCUCCGUUUCAUUAAAAUGGGAUGGUCAACCUAUGCCACGUGUCAUUGUACAUGAGAUGGAUGCGCUUAGUGGAGGAUGUUCCGAACGAUCAACAGAUACGGAAACAGAAGUUGAUCUAUUGGCUCCAGUUAAAGCUUCAUUAAAUGCAGAUGCACGGGUAUUUCGAGCCAAAGGAAUUGAAUCAUUACCAGCCAUUGGGUUACAGAGAGGAGUUGAAAUUGCAGUACCGUAUCGUUUGUAUCUCCCACGAAACUUUUUCAAACAAUUUUCACUUCUUGCCACAAUCAAACCUAUGGAUAAACGAGGAGGAUACCUAUUUGCUGCUGUAAAUGCAUAUGACUCUGCAGUUGAUAUUGGAUUACUCAUUGAACCAGCUGGUACAAAACAAACGAACAUUUCUCUGAUUGUUCGAUCAGUGGCAAUUGUUUCGUUCCUGGUGGAAGACUUCUCUCAACAAUGGACUCAAUUUGCACUGGAAGUUAUUGAUCAGACGGUUACAUUCUACUUCAAAUGCAGAAGAUUUGCUUCAAGACAAGUAACAUCGCUACCAGAUUUUUCCUUCGAUGAAGCUGAAAAACUGUACAUUGCAAGCGCUGGACCAAUUAUUGACAAUGGAUUCGAGAUGCGUCGUCUCCUUGCACUAUUCGUAGUGCUCCUCCUGAUUUUUGUUUUUGUUCAUGGUGGAUCUGAAGAGUUGGAUAACGAAGAUUUCCCUCUUCUUUCCUCUGAACAACAGGCUUCCUCACCAGAAGAACGGAAAGAAUUUUCGACGUCUCCAGAAGACUCAUCUAUUCCUGGUACCGUAUUCCAUGUUCACAUUCCUCUCGCUGAUGCAAGAGUGCGUCAGGCACGAGCAUCUUCGGAAGAACGAGAAAUCGUUACUGAAAAUGUCAUGUUACCCGUGGAAAUUGUUGAAGUGAUUGAUGAUGGAACCGGAUUUGAAGAUGAUGGAAAGGGAGCCAUACAAGAACUUAAAUUGAUUGAUGAUGCAUCUCAAGGCUCACGACAGUGUGAUGAGCAAUGGUGGCGUCGUCGAAAGCUCGAAAAAGAACGAGAUCAAACAAGAAAGAAUGUCGAAGGAUCCGGAACACCAGAAGGAUUGAAAAAAGAUCAAGAGUCAUCAGAAUUGCAAAAGAUUUCGGAACUUCCACCCACUCCAGCGCCUCCACCACCAUAUCCAACCCCUCAUUUGGCUGCUCCACAGGAUCUAUUUCUCUCAGAUGACUCACUUGUUGUACCUUUUAUUGGGGGUUACGGUAGCCCAGCAACUAGAGAUCUGCGUUCUUACGAGCAACAAGCAGCAACGACUCCAUUCCAAGGUGUCCCAUCACCCCAAGGACAAUGUACUCAAGUAUGUCGCGGAGAAACUGGACCACAAGGACCACCUGGAAAAGAUGGAAUUCCUGGGUCACACGGAGCACCUGGUCAUCAAGGAGAAAGAGGAAGUGAUGGAUCUCCAGGAGUUCAUGGCUCACGAGGAGAGCAAGGUCCACAGGGACCGCCUGGAAUGCCGGGUCUAGCUGGACCUCCAGGACCACCGGGAACCGGAUCUGUCACUGGAUCAGGAGGUGUCGCACAACCAGGACCACCAGGACCACCAGGACUUCCAGGAGCACCAGGAAGAGACGGAGCUGCUGGAGUUGAAGGGCAACGAGGACCACAUGGACCACCAGGACCAAAAGGAGAUGAUGGUGUUAGUAUGGAGAGUCUAACAGAUGGAGAUAUUGAAAGAAUUGCCAGAAGAGUGGCAGCGAUUCAGAAGGAAUCUCAGGAACCAAUGAGAGGAGACCUUCCGGAGUAUAAUCCUAGAGUUCACAGUUACACAACAAAAGGAGAAAAAGGAGAACGAGGGGCGCCUGGUGCUCCGGGAGCACCCGCUUAUGGAGCUAUCACAACUGGAACUGCUGUCAAUGUUCAUGCAACAACUGUCGAAUUAUUCGCCUCUGCCCGUGCAACAUCAGUUGGACAAUUGGCUUUCGCCACGUCAUCUCAGCAACUAUUCAUUCGAGUUACAAACGGAUGGAAGGAAAUUCAAUUGACCCAUUUCCAUCCGUUCUUGGAGACUAGACAAUCAACGCAAAACUCUCGUCAAAACGAUGCCUCUCAACCGGCAAGACCAGUCGUUUCUCCUUGGCACCCGAGAGCGAAUUUGGAAGAACCUCAAAAAGAUUCAGGUCCACACAACAAGGAUCGAGUGAUUCAUAUGAUUGCCCUGUCCCAACCAUUCGCUGGAAACAUCCAUGGACUUCGUGGAGCGGAUCUUCAAUGUUAUCGUGAAGCGAGAGCAUCUGGAUACACAACGACAUUCAGGGCAAUGUUAUCCAGUAACGUUCAAGAUCUGGUUAAAAUCGUUCAUUCCGUCGAUCACGAUACUCCGGUAGUAAACAUCGCAGGACAUCAUUUGUUCGCUAGCUGGAGAUCGUUUGUAAAUGGAGCAAAAAUCAAUCAGCAUGCUCGUUUGUUCUCUUUUGAUAGACAUGAUGUUCUCAACGAUUCGAGAUGGCCAGAUAAACGAGUGUGGCAUGGAUCGAAGGAAGGUGGAAUUCGCGCCGAUCAAUACUGUGAUGGUUGGAGACGAUCCGAUGCCUCCAUUACUUCGCUGGCCGGCCAAAUUUAUUCAAACACCACCAUUUUCCAAUCAAGUGGACCUUCGACCUGCGAGAACAAAUUGGUGAUUUUGUGUGUGGAGGUAAUAGCAAAGAUAAUAUAUUAUUCUAACAUGUCCAAAUAUCACAGCGAUCGAAUUCUCCGUCUCAACAGAAUCACCACCGACUUCAAGAU